CCGGGGCCACCAUGGAGCGCGAUGGCUGCGCGGGGGGCGGGAGUCGUGGAGGCGAGGGCGGGAGCGGCCCGCGGGAGGGCCCAGCGGGGAACGGGCGCGACCCUCGCCGCGGCCCGGCAGCCGACGCGUCCGGGGAGUCGCAGGCGGCCGCGUCCCUGCUGGCCCCCAUGGACCUGGGGGAGGAGCCGCUGGAGAAGGCGGCGCGCGCCCGCACGGCCAAGGACCCCAACACCUAUAAAGUGCUCUCGCUGGUUUUGUCAGUCUGUGUGUUAACAACAAUCCUUGGUUGUAUAUUUGGGUUGAAACCAAGCUGUGCCAAAGAAGUUAAAAGUUGCAAAGGUCGCUGUUUUGAGAGAACAUUUGGGAACUGUCGCUGUGAUGUUGCCUGCGUUGACCUUGGAAAUUGCUGUCUAGAUUACCAGGAGACGUGUAUAGAACCAGAACAUAUAUGGACUUGCAGCAAAUUCAGGUGUGGUGAGAAAAGAUUGUCCAGAAGCCUUUGCUCCUGUUCAGAUGACUGCAAGGACAAGGGCGACUGCUGCAUUAACUACAGCUCUGUGUGUCUAGGGGAGGAAAGCUGGGUAGAAGAAACAUGUGAGAAUAUUGAUGAGCCACAGUGUCCUGCAGGGUAUGAAAAGCCUCCUACCCUCUUAUUUUCUUUGGAUGGUUUCAGGGCAGAAUAUUUACACACUUGGGGUGGACUACUUCCUGUUAUUAGCAAACUAAAAAGCUGUGGAACAUAUGCUAAAAACAUGAGACCGGUUUACCCAACAAAAACUUUCCCCAAUCACUACAGCAUUGUUACAGGGCUUUAUCCAGAAUCCCAUGGCAUAAUUGACAACAAAAUGUAUGAUCCCAAAAUGAAUGCUUCCUUUGCACUUAAAAGUAAAGAAAAAUUUAAUCCUGAGUGGUACAAAGGAGAACCAAUUUGGCUAACAGCUCACUACCAAGGUCUGAAGAGUGGAACAUUUUUUUGGCCAGGAUCAGAUGUGAAAAUUAAUGGAGUUCUCCCAGACAUCUAUAAAAUGUAUAAUGGUUCAGUACCAUUUGAAGAAAGAAUUCUGACUGUUCUUAAGUGGCUGCAGCUUCCUAAUGAUGAAAGACCACACUUUUACACUCUGUAUUUAGAAGAACCAGAUUCUUCAGGUCAUAUGUAUGGACCAGUCAGCAGUGAAGUCAUCAGAGCAUUGCAGAGGGUUGACAACAUGGUGGGCAUGCUGAUGGAUGGUCUAAAAGAGCUGAAUUUGCAUAGAUGCCUGAACCUCAUCCUUAUUUCAGAUCAUGGCAUGGAACAAGGCAGUUGUAAGAAAUAUGUCUAUCUGAAUAAAUAUUUGGGAGAUGUUAAAAAUAUUAAAGUUGUAUAUGGACCCGCAGCUCGAUUAAGACCCUCUGAUAUCCCAGAUAAAUACUUUUCAUUUAAUUAUGAAGGCAUUGCCAGGAAUCUUUCUUGUCGGGAACCAAAGCAACACUUCAGACCAUACCUGAAACAUUUCUUACCUAAGCGCUUGCAUUUUGCUAAAAGUGACAGGAUUGAGUCCCUGACCUUCUAUAUGGACCCUCAAUGGCAACUUGCAUUGAAUCCUUCGGAGAGGAAAUAUUGUGGAGGUGGAUUUCAUGGCUCUGAUAAUGCAUUCUCAAAUAUGCAAGCCCUCUUUAUUGGCUAUGGACCUGGAUUCAAGCACAGCUUUGAAGUUGAUGCCUUUGAAAAUAUUGAAGUCUAUAAUUUAAUGUGUGAUUUACUGAAUUUGACACCAGCUCCUAAUAAUGGAACUCACGGAAGCCUUAACCACCUUUUAAAGAAUCCCUUUUACACCCCAAAGCAUCCCAAAGAAGCCCGCCCCCUGAUGCAAUGCCCCAUUACAGCAACCCCCAGAGACCACCUUGGCUGCUCCUGUGAUCCCUCGAUUUUGCCAGUUGACGAUUUUCAGACACAGUUGAAUCUGACCGUGGCAGAAGAGAAGAUCAUUAAGCGUGGUACUUUACCCUAUGGAAGGCCCAGAAUUCUCCGGAAGAAUAACACCAUCUGCCUUCUCUACCAGCACCAGUUUGUGAGUGCUUACAGCCACGAUAUCCUAAUGCCCCUUUGGACAUCCUACACUGUGGACAGAAAUGACAGUUUUUCUACAGAAGUCUUUUCCAACUGUUUUUAUCAGGAUCUCCGAAUUUCUCUUAAUCCUGUUCAUAAAUGUUCAUUUUAUAAAAACAAUGCUAAACUGAGUUACGCAUUCCUGUCCCCCCCACAACUAAAUAAAGGUUCAAAUCAAAUAUAUUCUGAAGCAUUGCUUACUACUAAUAUAGUGCCAAUGUACCAGAGUUUCCAAGUUGUGUGGCGCUAUUUCCACGGCCCCCUACUGCAGAAGUACGCCAAGGAAAGGAAUGGCGUCAACGUUGUCAGUGGCCCUGUGUUUGACUUCGACUACGAUGGACGUUAUGAUUCCUCAGACACACUGAAGCAAAACACCAGACCCAUCCGUAAUCAAGAAAUUCUGAUUCCAACUCACUUCUUCAUUGUACUAACAAGUUGUAAAAAUAUAUCCCAGACUCCCUUACAGUGUGAAAAUUUAGAUACCUUAGCUUUCAUUUUGCCUCACAGGACUGACAACAGUGAGAGCUGUGCGCAUGGGAAGCAUGAGUCCUCAUGGGUUGAAGAGUUAUUGAUGUUGCACAGGGCUCGCAUUAUAGAUGUUGAACACAUCACUGGACUCAGCUUCUAUCAAGAAAGAAAAGAGCCGAUCUCAGACAUUUUAAAAUUGAAGACAUAUUUGCCAACCUUUAGCCAAGAAGAUUGAUAUUUUUUAUUACAAGAACAUAACAUAAAUUUUUUUAAAAGAACAUUCUAUUUUAUACAGUCCUCUGUUACACUAUUGAAUUGUUUGGAAACUGUCAUCCGGAGUUAGAAGUGGGAAUCCUCUGUGAUAUGACCAUCUCAGGGAAACUUGUGGCCUCAGUAUGGCAGUAGGAGUGUGUUCCUAUUGAGUCUUGCACGUGUCUGAAUGUGUAAGAGCUGUAUGUGUUGUGCAAGUUUGGGAAAUAAAGACAGACUAUACCGAAAACUGCUCUUCUGCUUCUCUUUAAAGGCAGAAGUAGCUGUGAACGUUAUCUGGACACCAAAUGUAUGAAUCUUAGUAUCUUUAAUAAAUUUUUAUGGAACUGGCAAACAUUAGACUAAUGAAUAGGAUUGGAAAAAAUCAUGUUAUAAGAGCAUCUUCACAGGAAUUUAAGAGAGAUUCUGAAUUCCAUUUAACUUGGAGUUUAUUUUAUUUUGUUUUAAUCAAAAUAGUGGAAGCCAGAAUAUUUCAGAGGCUCCGUAUGUUUUCUUUUAUUCUCUUAAGACAAAAUAUGUAAUCCUGUGUAUUAUUUUUUAUUGUGCUAGAGUUUCUUCAAAUUUAAUGAUGCUAGCAAGUUAAACUUUAAGGGACGAUCUGUGAACUGAGUAUACCUCCUGUUA